AUGAAUAUUGCACAAUUUCACAUUAUUGAAAAGCAAGGCUGCGAUCUUCCAAAGGAUCCACCUCCUCCAGAUGCAUUAGAAGCUCCACCAGUCAUUGAUCCAGAUCAAGAUUUCAAGUCUUUUAAUAUCCAACCUCUUGUUACAGCUUCAAGUGCUCAGGAAGAGACCAAAACACGUGAUGAAAUUUAUAUCCACAUGCGUCAGUAUUGUUUAAAUCACGAUAAAACAGAAAAACGUAGUAAAUUUGUAGAUGAACAUUAUCAAGCUAUUAAAAACAUACUUUACCAUGGAAACCUUGAAGAAAUCAAAGAGUUAUACAAAAAACGCCAUGAAUGGAGAACGAAAGCUCAUGAAAUACGUAAAGAUGAUUUUCCAAUCUGCAAAGUUGACACAUGCAUCCAUAUAGCUCUUCCUGGUUCAGAGUAUUGUGCAAACCAUAUUUUACUUGAUCCAAAUCAAAAACUUUUCGUUCAAUGUCCUCAUUGUAAGAGACCAUACCCAAAGAACGGCGAAUGCUUAACUUGUGUUUAA